UAAACACUGAUGAUGGUAAGUCAGACUGCUGCUGCUGAUGUCGCUGGUCGACAAACAGCAAGUCCUCGCCUUCAUUGUAGGUGUUUGUCUGGUGAAUCCAGCUUUGCUAGUCAGUUUUUUGACCCUUUCAGAGCAUCCCUUUAGUGAUAUCAACCCAAGUGGAUAUCGGACAUGAAAAACGUUGCUGUGGCUUUGUGCGCUGGAGCGCUUCAGGUUCUGGCCUUGUUCCACUUCAGCCCUGUGCUAGCCCAAAAUGAUGGCAGUGGUGUGGUGGUGGCCAUGUACAAUAUCAGCGCUCCCCAGGGAUCUCGGACGGUGUUGCAGUGUCAUAGUCAGCGCAUGGUGUGGACCCAAGACCGCCUGAAAGACCGUCAGCGUGUAGUACACUGGGAUCUUCUCCGUAGUGGCCCAGAUCAUGCAAUGGAGCGUGUUGUCGAUAUGUUUUCUGCCGGUGACCAGCGCAUCUACAAUGGUUACAACCAGGGACGCAUUAGCAUGACAAAGACUGCUUUCAGGGACGGCAACUUCUCUUUAGUAAUCAAAGGUGUUGCUAUGAGUGACAAAGGAAUCUACUCGUGUAACCUGCAUCAUCAUUACUGCCACCUCUAUGAGUCAAUCAAAGUGCAGCUUAAUGUCACCAAGUCAGCUCGUAAGGAGAAGAAGUUCUGGGAUGGUCAGAAGGCUGUGUUUGUGGUUUUGGUAGGCAGCACUGUGGUCCUUCCGUGUGUUAACCGUCGUCCCAUCUGGACAGAAGGCAACAGUCAGGAGGACCAGCAGCAGGUGGUGCACUGGGACCGUCAGCCACCAGGGGUCCGUCACGACCGUGCCGAUCGCCUCAUCGAUCUGUACGCUUCCGGCGAGAGACGUCAUUAUGGGCCGCUGUUCGUUCAGCGUAAAAUGAAUAUAUCAGCGACGGCGUUCUCACAGGGAGAUUUCUCUCUCAUCAUCUCAGCCAUCCAGCUCUCGGAUCAAGGUCUAUACUCCUGCCAUCUCCAUCAUCACUACUGUGGCCUGCAUGAGAGGCGCAUCUUCCAGCUUACUGUGACCCCUCCCAUUCCUGAGGAACCAACUGAUGAACCUCAAUUUCUUCCCAGUGAAGAUCAAAACACAAACGUGGUGGAGGUGCCACAUGUCAUUAAUGUCAUCCUGCCGGAUCAGAGGAGUCAUUUUCUGCAGCAGCUGGGGUACAUUCUGGCCACACUCCUCCUCCUGGCAUUGUCUGUGCUGGCUAUCAUUCUCCUCACACGGCGUAGAAAAAGACAAGGCCAAGAGUUCGAUCCACGGAAAGUUGAAAACUCACCUUUACCAGUGGUGAAGUAUGUGAGCCAAACAUCAUGUGUUAGAAAGGAUUGUGCCUCAGAGAUGAAGUCAAACAACCAAGAGGAAACAAAGCUGGACUACAAGAACAAUAUUCUGAAAGAAGCAGAAAUGUCCAAAUUGUGUCCCCCUAAAUUCGACGACCUAGACAAAGAGACAGAGAAGCCGUCUUGGAAAUAAGAUGCACUUUGUCUCUGGCUGGUCCAGGGACAGACUGGGAAUAAACAAGAAUGGAACAACGAUGGGUGAAAACAUGGCAAGGAUGAACAGAAGAAGAGAGGAACAUGGUUGUACAAUUCCUUAUGUAUUCCUUUUGAGCAGUGACACAGCAGUAUGCACCAGACUCUGUAUUUUGGAUAGUAAAUGGCAAUCUGUUAUUGUAAGAACAUAGUACUGAAAAAUGUAAUGCCCAGCAAGUGGCACACACUCUAUGAGUGGAAAAUACCUAAAGGUACAUCAUGAACUACAGUAAGUGUCAGAAUGUUUCAUUUGUGUGAGAUAUCGGUCAUGCAUAGGUUGAGGUCUGACUGGGUUGUGACAUUGACAGAAUAGUUAGCACAAAAUGUCAGGUUAAAUGCAUUUAACUUUAGUGCCUUAAGUAAUACACUAAGCUUUACCGUUAUGCUUAUUUGUAAAUAUGGAAUGCAUCAUAAACACUUCAAUUUGCAUCUCUCUACUGUUUUAAACUAAUGACAUUUCAUAACAAGUAAUUAAAUAUAUAGUUGCAUGUUUGACGCUAUUGUAACUUCACCAUUUUUCUUUACUUCACUAAAGAUGUAUAAGGGCGCUAAAUAUGAAUUUAUUCCAGUUUACACUACAUACAAUGUCCUUAUUUGUUUUUCAGUUGUUAAAUGUUAUGUUAUUGUAGUCUUAAAUCAAUACAUUCUCUCAAUUCUUUAUUAACCAAACACUAACUAUGUUACCACUAGAAAGCUGCAUUUCACUUUAUUUUAGAACGCUAAAAUAAAAAAAUGCCAUCUCUGUUAUCAAAAUUUCAAUGUUACAGUUUGCUAAUAUUGUUUACUUUUCUGUUUAUUUCUGUCAUCCUAGCAGUUCCUGUAACGUGUUUGCUUGUAUGCCUACAUACAACUCUAUGUUAAGAGACAGGUCAGCUUUAAAGAAAACAUUAUGCAAGGCACAAUUAAAACAUAAGCUAACUGUUUUUUUUUAGGUUGAUCAAACUGUGUUAAUAUGUAAUUUGUACAGCCAUUAAGGUAAAACAAGCCAUUCUGUUCCUGGAAGCACAACAACACUUUACAUGUUUCAACUUUUCCUAUGCAAACACAUGCAUUCCCUCUUCGGCACGUUAGUAGGUACUCCAGGAUGGGAAAUUAUGGGGUCAGAUAUGGGAGACAUCCAAAAUUUGCAUUGUUGGUGUGCCUAAAGGAACAAGAUUGGGAAACGCUUAUGUAGUAUGUAGUAAUGGAUUUUCCAACACCAUUACCAUCCUAAAACGCUAAUUUUCCAGUCUACUGCUGAUGUUCUCUCAUUUAAGCAGAAUAAAAGAAAUCUUUGAAAAAUCA